UUUCAUAAUGGUGGACUCUGACCCUGAGGGAUGCACCAUCUGCUUUGACGCGUACGAUGGAGGGGUCCACACGCCUAUGGUAUUGGGACGGUGCGGACAUACGUACUGUCGUAGCUGCGUUACCUCUAUUAUGAGGAGGGCUGGUGGGAACUGUAUUCGAUGUCCGGAGUGCCAGAGGGAGAGUGACGAGGCAUGCGUUGUGCCGAAUCGAGUGUUGCUGAGGCAGAUGUCGACUAGUCGUGAGUCACCGGCUGUGCGGUUUUCUCCAAUAGAAGAAGACUGUAGUAACGAUGCGGCGUUAGCUGCUGUACUUCAGAUGGAGGAAGAGAGUCUGAGUGGUAAUUGGACGCCUCCAUCGUCCGCCGAAGUGGUUGAGGCAAUCCCGAAUCGGUAUCCGAUGCCUUCAUCAUCGGGUGUGAUCGAUGGGCCUUUUGGCCAGAGUUCUUUUUAUUCUGCUCCCUGUCCGCCCAGGACCACUGUAGAGCCGGAAGCGGAGGAGGCGGUGGGGAGUAUUGAGAGCAUCAGUGAGGCAAGUAUAACGAGAAUGCCACUCGAACGGCCGACGACUGCGAAAGUGGUUGCUGCCCCUACUGGGCCUUUGGGGGAUGCGGACUGGGGAGUCGGGAGUCGAUGGGGAGAGGACAGGCGUAUCGAAAUCGCAUCUCCGAGGGAAGAAGAGGAGUCACCCAACGUUGUGUGGAAUGACUGGUGGAAUGAUAUUACUAAUAAUGGAUGUAAUUGGAUAUGGGAGGCCCGAAGGGAGGGGAAGAUCCCACUCAACAUUGGUGGAUCCGCGGCGUCGUCGGCUGACGCGGCAAGACCCGAGCAUGCGAGGGCAGCCGAGUGUUGGAGGCCACUUAGAGAUGACAAUUCGCGAAAUUUGCCUCGGUCCACCCCGGCGGAAUCGCGGGAUCCACCAGUAGCGCCAAUACCCCCUCGUCCAAGCCAGAUUCCAAUGCCGGCGUUCGCUGAUGUCACACAUGAGAGGCCCAACUCAGAAUGCGCUGGAUCCCUACCACCCUUACCUCAAGUCAUCCCUCCUGCGAUGUCGGUGCUGCCUGGUGCCAUGCAACCUAUGGAAUCGACUUCGAGCAUCGUCCCUCCACGACCGCAGUUCUCUCCUCCGCUGGCACGCAUCGGUGCUGGUCAUGUGGACCAGGGAGGUGCGCGAGCGCCACGUCGUGUAUAUCCUGCAUGUAGGGGUGGGAAACUAGCGGCCAUGGCUGGUCGGGGAAACAGCUCAAGCUCCCAUGCAGACGCAUCACGUGGCAACUCCUCGAAUGAUGAUGAGGGCGUUGGACAAACGGAGAUGUCUGGGAGCAUGAAUCGACCUGCCGAAAGAGGUAAGCUGCCGCCAAGGCCCCGUAAACCGCCAGCGAGGUCAUGAUGACCCGAGCUUCCAUAACCUGAGUAUCGACCGUAUUGAUCAAAAAUGACCAAGUUGUCCAAGCACUUGUGGCCGCCGAUAAUCGAUAAUCAUAUCGACUGUAGUCCUAUCACACAUGAUAUCGUAA